UAACAAUUCGUAAUUAAUAAAUCCAAAUUUAAUAAAGCUGCUGAAAUAUGCCAACCAAACACGCUGUGGCGCUGGCUUUCCCUAUCAAAUUUCUUUCCUUUGCUGCGCUACGUCGCUGACAUUUCACACCGUUUCCAUUUCCAUUUCCUCGCUCUCUCUCUCUCUCUUUUCUACUCAGUUCCUGAGCUUAUUCCUUCUCUCCGCAUCAAUGGCGGCGCACCGCAACGGCGCACCAGUUCCCCUAGACCCUCAGAAGCAGACGCUCCUCAACCACCACACCGAGAGGCACUUCACCGCCGGCGAGAUCGUCCGCGAUAUCAUCAUCGGCGUCUCCGACGGCCUCACCGUCCCUUUCGCCCUCGCCGCCGGCCUUUCCGGCGCCAACGCCUCCUCCUCCAUCGUCCUCACCGCCGGCAUCGCUGAAGUCGCCGCCGGCGCUAUCUCCAUGGGACUCGGCGGAUAUCUCGCGGCGAAAAGCGAAGCGGAUCACUACACGAGAGAAUUGCGGAGAGAACAAGAAGAAAUCGUCGCGGUUCCCGAUACUGAAGCGGCAGAAGUAGCAGAGAUAUUGGCGCAGUACGGGAUAGAAGCCCAUGAAUAUGGUCCGGUUGUGAAUGCUCUUAGGAAGAGCCCUCAAGCUUGGUUGGAUUUCAUGAUGAAGUUUGAAUUAGGACUGGAAAAACCAGAUCCAAGAAGAGCUCUGCAAAGUGCUUUCACAAUUGCAUUGGCUUACGUAUUGGGGGGACUGGUGCCCCUCAUUCCUUACAUGUUUAUUUCAAACACCACAGAAGCCGUGAUAGCGUCGGUGGCAUUGACGUUAGUAGCGUUGCUCGUGUUCGGGUAUGCGAAGGGUUACUUUACGGGUAAUAAGCCCUUCAAAAGCGCCAUGCAAACCACCCUCGUCGGAGCUAUUGCAUCCGCAGCUGCUUUUGGCAUGGCCAAGGCCAUUCAACGAUGAACUAAACCAUCUCAUUGUAUUGUAAUGUUGGCUAAAUAGAUUUCAUGCUUAAUCCUUUAUUAAUUUUUACUAAAAUUUUGUGAGUUUUUUCAGAAAUGAAUGAUGUGGUUUUUUACCAUCCAGAGAAUCCAAUUUUCUACCCAACAAAUGUAUGGUUAAACCAUCCUUGUUAGUCCUCAUAUUGACUUUUGUAACAUUUUGGUAUUUAUACUUCUUUUAUUUAAUAACAAUUUAGCCUUCUAAAAAAA